AGUUUUAUCAAUAUUUCACCAAUUGCAACCCUUUUCCCUUCAAAAUAUCUUAAAAACCUUCUUUCACAAUGAAUAAUUCGUUUAAACUUGCAAUGGAUCGUGACUUGGAGAACGUCAACGAAGAAUUUAACAAUUUCCUACAUCGCGUCACAGAAGUCUCCUCAAUAGUAAAAAACCUUGCCUCCUCAGACACCAACACACAAAACAUAGGCCUCCUCGAAGCGGAUAGAGUUCUCAACACAUCGAAACAAGAACAAAUGCUAGAAAACAUCGAUGAGAAAGACAUCAUACUCAAAAUAAAAUCCAACCGGACUGUGCUCAACAAAAAAGCGUUGCAUAAGAAAGAAAACCAGAAUGGAGACACGACAGAUCCAGAAGUAUUCAUGGAGGAAGUCUCGAAAGAUGCCGAAAUGCGUUACAAGGAUAAACAAAUCCGGACUGAAAAGAUGCAGACGUUUAAAACGCAAGCGACGAAAGCUUUCAGGCGCGGAGAAUACGAGAAAGCGCUGUGUUAUUACAAUAAAGCGAUUGAACAAAUCAAAGACAGUCCUCUCCUGUAUAAUAACCGCGCGUUAACGCAGAUAAAACUUGGAAGAUGUGAGAAAGCCAUCGAUGAUUUGAAAUUAGCGCUGAGACUCAACGAAAACUGCCUGAGAUCGUUUUUGUUACUCGCUAAAUGUUAUAAAAUGUUAGGAAAUUGUAAACUUUAUGAUGAAACCAUCGCAGAGGCAAAAGAAAAAAAUCCUGGGGAGAUUAGUUUUAUUGAUAAUACGAUUUUGGAGUAUUAA